GUUUCUUGAUUUGGUACGAUCACAUGAAAGUUGCUGAACUCGCCCUCCACUUAAACCCUCCUACUGGAACUCUUGAAAUUUGAUAUCAUUGCUUUUUAGUGUUUAUAGUGACGCAGAGUCCCUGACAGUCAGAUCCUCCAAAUCAAGGACUCUAGCUUACCCACGUUGAGCUGCUGCUGGUACUUCUUCCCUACUUAAAAUCAGGAUCUUUCUUCGCCUUUUGACACCCGUCCUGUUUCUCAUUUUCGCCUUUUUACAUAUGCGUCCUCUAUGCUGUGUUAGGUGUGCUACAACUCUUUAAGCAAGUUGCAGGAAUAUUUUGGUUAGGGUUAGCUUAUUUGCUCUUUCAUUCAAAGGUGUUACCAGCCAGCACUCUUGCUGUUAAUUCCGUAAGAGAGGAUCCAGCACUGACGCUGGGGUGCAGUUCCACAAGUGUCGACAGCCCUCCCUAUCUUCGCCCAAGAGCCCAUUCUACAUGUGGAAGCUUAAACCGCUUCUCUGCAGAAUGUCAGCCAAGGAUCGACACAUUGAUUCGAGCUGCUCAUCAUACAUUAAGACAGAGCCAUCCAGCCCUGCUUCACUGACAGAUAGUAUCAAUCACCACAGUCCAGGUGGCUCCUCGGACGCCAGUGGGAGCUACAGCUCCACUAUGAAUGGACACCAGAAUGGCCUGGACUCUCCCCCACUCUACACGACGACCAACCUGGGCAGCAACGGUAGCUCCCGUAAACGGUACGACGACUGUUCGAGCACUAUAGCUGAAGACUCGCAGACCAAGUGCGAGUACAUGUUGAACUCCAUGCCCAAAAGGUUGUGUUUGGUCUGUGGCGACAUAGCAUCAGGAUAUCAUUAUGGUGUUGCUUCCUGUGAAGCCUGCAAAGCAUUCUUCAAGCGCACUAUACAAGGUAACAUCGAGUACAGCUGCCCAGCGACAAAUGAAUGUGAAAUCACAAAGCGUAGACGCAAGUCUUGCCAGGCCUGUCGUUUCAUGAAAUGCCUAAAAGUAGGCAUGCUGAAAGAAGGUGUGCGCUUAGAUAGAGUACGCGGAGGACGGCAGAAGUAUAAGCGCAGGAUAGAUGCAGAGAACAGCCCUUACUUGAACCCUCAGCUGGUUCAACCAGCCAAAAAGCCAUUCAACAAGAUUGUCUCACACUUGCUUGUGGCUGAGCCAGAGAAGAUCUAUGCCAUGCCUGAUCCCACCAUUCCGGAGAGUGACAUCAAGGCCCUCACUACACUGUGUGAUCUGGCUGAUCGAGAACUAGUGGUCAUCAUUGGAUGGGCAAAGCAUAUUCCAGGAUUCUCCACAUUAUCUCUGGCUGAUCAGAUGAGCCUCCUCCAGAGUGCCUGGAUGGAGAUUCUGAUCUUGGGGAUUGUGUACAGGUCGCUGUCUUUUGAGGAUGAGCUGGUAUAUGCCGAAGACUACAUCAUGGAUGAAGACCAGUCAAAGUUAGCUGGGCUUCUUGAUUUGAAUAACGCCAUACUGCAGCUGGUAAAGAAAUACAAGAGCAUGAAGCUGGAGAAAGAAGAGUUUGUCACCCUGAAAGCUAUAGCGCUCGCUAAUUCAGAUUCAAUGCACAUAGAAGAUGUUGAGGCUGUUCAGAAGCUGCAAGAUGUCUUGCAUGAGGCCCUGCAGGACUAUGAAGCUGGGCAGCAUGGGGAAGAUCCACGCCGUGCUGGUAAGCUACUGAUGACUCUCCCUCUUCUCCGGCAGACCUCUACCAAAGCUGUGCAGCAUUUCUACAACAUCAAACUGGAAGGCAAAGUUCCCAUGCACAAACUAUUCUUGGAAAUGCUGGAGGCCAAGGUCUGACUAGAGGAACCACGGCCUUCCCGUGAAACCACACAGUAUGGGUUAGGCCACAGCAAAGGGAAGAAACGUAGGAAUUGAACCAGACAAAAGUUAACUGUAGUGUUUAAGUGAGAAAACAGAACUGCACUGAUAUUUAGCAGUAUGACUGUGAAGCAGCUUUCAACUUCUCAUUCUUCUAGGAUUUUUUCAUGCAGAUUUUGCUGUUGAACUUUUUAAUGAGGUCUCUAAAUGAAGAGAGAGAAGGAAGCCAGCCCUGCCAAAGGAUGGGAAUCCAUAAUAUGGAUGCCAUUGAACUAAUAAUAAGAGAAAUAUCCCCAUCAACAAAGGAUUCAGACUGACAACUGUUUUACCUAGCAGUACAGCGCAUUGACUGAAUGCAGUGUUAGGUUCCAUAUGAACAGUCUGUAAUUAAGCAACGGAGCAGUGUUGCAUUGGCUGCUUCUUCUCAUUGCAUUUUUUCCACCUUAGAUCAGUUACAGCCAUUUAAUUCCUUAAUUGUUUUCAAGUCUUCCAGAUAUUUCUUAGGUUAGGAACUAUGUCUAUUUCAGGGAAUAGUAAGCUUUACUCAGUCACGCAAUACUGAAAAUACUGCAUUUAUUUGCUGGCUGGAAAAACGAUGGACAGUUAUGAAGAACAAACAAAACUUUUUUUAAAACCUUUGUUGUUGAUGUUGUUUAUGGGUUUUUUGUACCAGCUUUACCACUACAGCCAUUUUAUUAAUCUGUGAAUUUAUCUUAAGCAAUAGUGAAUGAGAAGGUGCAUACUUUUUAUGGAUGCAAUUUAUGUUGAGUGCCAGUUCAGUCAAAAUCCUCAACUUCUUGAACACAAGGUAAUACAUAGCUUCAAGUUCAUUAUUGCAAUUAGAUUACACCUUUAUUAAUAGGCUAGUUGAUCUGACAAUUGAAUCCAAUGCAACAAGAUUAUACACUAGCUUGCCCCAGCAUACCUUGGAAAUAUGGUACUAAUGUAAAAUAAUGUACUUUACAAGCAUAUUUAUUAACCAUUCAAAACAUGACUGAUAAGGUGUAAAUUUGAUUUAGCAACUAAUCAGAUGUUUUUCCUCCCCCUUAAAAGCUACAUUUGCUACAUUUUAAAACAAAUGAAGGCGCUAACCUGUACCAAGUACUCAAAUGUCAGUAUUAAUAGCUGCUCCCUGUUGUACCAUGUGACAUCCUCUUCUGUGUACACUUAUGUAAUCAAAGAUUGUGAGCCUAACCUGAGGUCAUGUAUUGGAAACAAAAAAAAAUGUUGUAGUUCAGCUUGCAAUGUUUCAUGUUUGCUGUGUUCUUCUAAUUUUAGUUGAAUUCAAAGACUGUUGUCUUGUUCUUAUUGUGGUGUUAGAUUCUUGUGAUUGUACGCAUUAGACACAGGGUAGAAUUAGAGACAGUAAUGGAUGUAAAAUUCCUCAGGAGAUAGUGUAUUCUAUUCCUUACUGGUGAUAAGAUUGCUCCUAUUAAUAAUAAGAACAAAUAGUUUAAGAAUCAGAACAAAUAUCUCUUCCAACAAUACACAUUUAAAUCAUUAAUUUAAAAAGGGAUAUUUUGUGUAACAGUUUAUUGUAGAAUAACAAUGUAUAUCUUAGAAAAGAAUUUGAAUAUUUCCAAACAAUAGGUAAAUGUCUAAUUUUUAAAUGCUGUAAAUAUAGCUAUGUUCAAACAUCUCAAAUGGUUGUUGAAACCAGCUUUGUGUCGUUACAAGUUUUUGGUGCAGACAAGUUUCCCAAACUACUGCUACAUUGUGUGCUUUGAACAAAAAAAAGACAAAAGGUUGAUGGUAUGCAUCAACCUUGUGCUAUAAAUACUGUGUAUCAUUAGCCGUACGAGACUAUAUAGUAGAUUGUGGUUUCUCAGUAGAGAAUUGACUGUACUGUGAUUCUAGACUUUAUUCAUCAUUAGCAGCUCAUUCAGGUGGUCAAUAACUUGAAGUUUAUAGCUGUAAUAGGGAACUAAGAAACUGGCACGACCCUUUUAAAAAAAUCCAACUCCUGGGAGUAAGGUGCUGAUUUUGAGUAACAGGAGCUUAGCUCUGUGGAGUGUAAGGGAAGGAUUUAAGGUUUAUUUUGCUCAUGCUUAUGGUUAGAACCAGCAGCAAAAUCUCAUUUAUCAAUGCUCAGAUCAGCAAAAUGAGAUAGUUAAAAUGAAGGUUCUAUGUUUUAAGCUGUAUCUGUUUUUUUUCUUCUUUUUUCCUUUACGAUUAUCUUUAUUUUCUGUUUAAUUAUGGCAAUAUGAUUGUGUGACUCUUCAACAGUUGCACUUGCAUUUCAAUCAGAACAAAUAUUUAUUCCACUAUUUGCAUUUUAAGAACAGACAGGUUUCAAAAUAAUAUGAAAAAAUUAUAAACAGCUAUUUUUCUUAUAUAGAACAGAAUGUUGGGUGUUGGUGAUUGUAUUUAAAUUAUUUAUGCAUCUGUGUUUACCUGCCUACAAACAAUUUAUGGCAGUCUUACAUGCAAAGUUUAAAAGCAGAAAAAUGUUUUAAAAAAGCUACAAAUACCAGGAGUUGAAGUUUAACCUGUAGUGAAAAACCAUGUCUGUAGGUCUAGGCAAGCUUUGUGCUUCACAUCUGUAAACAAUCAACUGUAUAUUUUUGUGACGUGUAUCAUACUGUGUGCUCUGACAAAUGUCCAUUUGUGUAAAUGUAUUUAUUUUAUAUUGUAUAUAUUGUUAAUGCAAAAGGAGACAAUGAUUCUGUAACUUUAAUCAGUUCCAAUGUGUACUCUAAUUAUGCCUUUCAGGAUGAUGGUAGAGCAAUAUUAAACAAGCUUCCACUUUUA